GCGGGGUCUCUGCAUCGUCACUGGCCUCUGGUCUCUGCGGAGCACUGCAUUGGUGCGCAGAGCAGCUGCGGCAUGCGGCCCCUUCACGUCCCGUUUUAGGAAUGAGCGAAGAACAAGGGCAGGACUCAGCGCGAGGCAUCCGAUGGGGCACAAAUACGUGCAUCCUCACCCCGCUUCUCUUGUCAUCCUGUCAUCACUCACUCUGAGCACACUUUCACCUCUCACACAUCCAUCUACUCAUUCACCAUGCAGCCCACCCAGUACCCGCCUCAGACCGACGCUCCUCAGGUUGUUGUCAACGAGCAGCCCACCGCCAGGAACACCAUGAACGCCAUGGCGAAGCCUUCUGGCGAGUCGCCGCAGACCGAGGAGGAAGUCCUCCGCCUCCGCGGUGGAUGCCCUGGCAAGUUUUGCGUUGAUGCACUGUCUCUCUGUGAUUUGGGCACAGCUGACUCCAGCGUCAACAUCUGCAUCUUCCCUAUCCCGUGCUGCUAAAUACGGAGUACACGGCCUCCCAAUCGUACGCGUGAUGAGAUACUCUAGCUAGAACUAGACACGACCCUUUGUAGCGCAUUACAUGU